AUGUUGAUUACAAUUUUGUGGGCUUAUCUUUUGGUUGAAAAUGCCGUUUCAAUCGAACCAGACGAAGUUUGUAACGUUGUAAAUAGCUGUUCGAUUGUUGAUAAAAUUCGCGGGGAAUUCAAUGAUAUUCUUUACGAACAACGGCGAGAAAUCGCCAGUUUGGAACGAUUAGUUCGAUCGUUAGAUCAAAUAACAUGGAAAAUAAGUUCUGAAGACAACAAAUGGUUAGAAUGUACCGAAGGACCUUGCAGAUGUAUGCCAGAAACUAAAAGCUUAAGCUGUUGGAAUGAUAACAUGGAAACGUUACCUGCAAAACAAGUUUUACCGAUUGAUAUUCACGCCAUAGAUCUUGGAAUGAACAGAUUGAAAACUCUAAAUAAGCGAGUUUUCGAAAAUUUAAGUCACUUAACGGAAAUUGAUUUAUUUAAUAAUGAUAUAGAUUAUUUGCCAGCUUCGUUGUUUCAAAAUUUGGGAAAUUUAAGAUAUUUGCGCAUACAUAAAAACCAACUUGAAGAGUUAUCACAAAAGAUGUUUACAAAUCUGAUUCGUUUGGAGAGUUUAGAUUUAUCAAAUAAUAAUCUGUCCUUCCUUCCUGAUACAUUAUUCAGAGACACGUUUAAUUUAAACAUACUUCAUUUAUCAGGGAAUCGAAUUAAAAAUAUCCCAGAAAGUUUAUUCCACGAUCUUAGUAAAUUAGAAGAUUUAGAUUUGAAUCAAAACGACAUUGUUAAAUUACCCAAAAAUGCUUUUCGUGAUUUAUAUUCCUUGCGGUUAUUAAAAUUAUCGGAGAAUGAUAUUACUGAAUUGCCUACUGGUAUUUUUAGUAGCUUACGUCAAUUGCGAUCACUCAAUCUAAGAAAAAAUAAACUGACAACGAUAUCUAAUUCAUUAUUCGACAGCUUAAAACAAUUAGAGAUAUUGGACUUAACAUCCAAUAGAAUCCAAUCGAUUGAUGUCUCAGACUUUGCCGGAUUGGAUAAUUUAAAAGAAUUAUGGCUUGAUCAGAAUUACUUAUCUGAAAUUCCGGAAGAUAUCUUUAGAAACAAUGUUAAUCUACACACAUUGAUGUUGCAAUCGAAUAAUUUAGUUGAAUUGAAAGAGAAGGCUUUUUAUGGAUUGACCAAUUUAAGUUCUUUGCUGAUUAACAAAAAUAUUAUUGAAAAUAUUCAUCCUAAUGUUUUUACAUAUGUUCCGAAUUUGCAAAAAUUGAAUAUCGAUAGCAAUCAAUUUCAAUUUUUACCACCGAAAUCUUUGGAUAGCUUGAAACGUUUAGUGUAUAUCAUGUUAGCAAAAAAUCCUUGGCAUUGUGAUUGUAAUGUGUUGUAUUUAACAAGAUGGAUUCAAGCUCAUAAUAGUAAGGUAUGGGAUACUCAACCUUCUUGUAGAGGACCUGGUAACUUGGGGGGGAGAUAUUUAAAAGAUAUGCACUUUGCAAAUUUGUGCGAUGGUCAAUGGGCGAGUAUGACCAAUUUAUAUCCGAGGUUACCGAUUAAAGAUGUUGUAUUAAUUCCCGUGACAACAACUGAAGAAUCAACGGAUCAACAAUAAUUAUUAUUAUGUGUUAAUAAAAUCUCAUAAACUUUGUGAAACCAAUAAUUUUGAUAAUAUAUUAAUUGC